AUGCCUCAGCCUUCUGAGAAAGUAGAGGCGCUGAUGUGCCUUCCCGAUCAGGCUGAAAGUGUUAUUACUCCAGGUAAUUGUUACAGGUUGUUUAUCAUUUUAUCUAUUAAUUGGUUUAUUUGAUUUUACCAAACCUGAAUUAUGACUUCAGCGUAUGAUAACACAUCAAACAAUGUCAUUUUCACUUUGACAGGAAUGAAGGAUUUAAGACCACAAUAUGUAUUUCUUUGUUUGGCUCUGACUGUUUAUCUAUUAAUCAUUGUUUUAAACAUUACACUGAUUGUUACAGUUCUUUCAGAAAAGUCUCUGCAUGAGCCAAUGUACUUCUUUGUAUGCAGUCUCUGUUUUAAUGAAAUCUAUGGAACAACAGGGUUUUAUCCUAAAUUUAUAUACGAUCUAUUGUCAUCAUCAAAUGUCAUUUCAUAUAAUGGGUGUAUGACACAGUCAGUUGUUAUAUAUUCAUCUUUUAUGUGUGAGUACACAACUUUAGUCAUAAUGGCUUAUGAUAGAUAUGUAGCAAUAUGCAGACCAUUAGAAUAUCAUAAUAUUUUAAGAACCCAGACAGUGGCAAAGGCUAUUUUGUAUUCUUGGACUUUUCCGUUUAUUGUAGGUCUCCCAAAUACUAUAUUAACCAGCCAACUGCCAUUAUGUGGAUCAAAUAUAGACAGAAUUUAUUGUGAUAACUGGUCUAUUGUGAAGCAAUCUUGCAUCCCAACUACAACCAUCAAUACUUAUGGCUUUGUGCUUCUUUUCAUAUUUAUGGCACAUGCUUUGAUUGUCAUGUUUUCAUAUCAAAGAUUGAUUGUUGCUUGUAGAAAUUCUAGUGAUAGCAAAAGAAAGUUUAUGCGCACAUGUGGGCCACAUUUUGUGUCUCUGCUGAACUUCACUAUAGCUGUGCUUUUUGAUAUAAUGUUUAGUCGCUAUGGAUCAAAAGACUUUCCGGAGCAUCUGCGGAACGCUUUCCAAGUUGAGAUACUUGUUAUUCCACCUAUUCUUAACCCACUUAUGUAUGGCCUUAAGCUCUCAGAGGUCCGCAAAAGGCUUUUUCCAAAGUGUAAAAAAAGCAAAACAUUAACAUUUUGUCAAUCAAAAUGA